AGACACGUGGACUCCGGAGUUGCAGGGACUCGAGAGAUACGGAGAUAGAGGAGCACAAAUACAGAGUCUCGGGGAUCCGAAGUCUGAUAGAUCCUCUGAGAUACAGUCCUCACGAACCCACAGGCACGGAUACUCGUAUAUACAGCGACUGGCAGAUAUACAGAUGUUGUGAAACAGGGAUUCAGGGACUCUGAGAUCGAGGAACUCAGCGGAGCAAAAAUACUCCGACAUAGAUACUCAGAGAUUCAUGGAUAAAGCAACUUGGUAACAACUCGGAGAUUUAAGGAUACGGAGAUGCAUUCAUUACUCAAGGAGCCGUAUGCUCAGACACUCGUUCACAGGGACUCGGCGAGUACCUGCACGUAUAAAUCCUCGGGGCUGGAUGUCCCGGCUGAGCCGGAAGUCACUGAAAUAGCAGUGGCUUCGGCAUCGGAUGGGGAGGAGAGCCAGGAGGACAGCACUGGCCAGGAGUUGGUCUUGCCAGAAACGGAGAUGAAACACCCGCUUGAGAACCGGUGGGCGUUAUGGUUUUUCAAAAACGACAAAACGAAAAGUUGGCAGGCGAACUUGCGCCUCAUCUCCAAGGUGGACACGGUGGAGGACUUCUGGGCGCUGUACAACCACAUUCAGGUGGCGAGCCACCUGAUGUCAGGCUGCGAUUACUCCCUCUUCAAGGAUGGGAUAGAGCCCAUGUGGGAGGACGAGCAGAACAAGCGCGGGGGCCGGUGGCUCGUCACGCUUAGCAAGGGCCAGCGCCACUCGGACCUCGACCGCUUCUGGCUAGAGACGCUCCUCUGUCUGAUCGGCGAGGCGUUUGACGACCACAGCGAUAACAUAUGCGGCGCCGUGGUGAACAUCCGCGGCAAAGGAGACAAGGUCGCGGUGUGGACGCGCGACUGUGAGAACCGCGAGGGCAUCAUGACCAUCGGGAAGGUCUACAAGGAGCGGCUGGGGCUGUCUGGCAAGAUGCACCUGGGUUACGAGUCCCACUCAGACACGGCCACCAAGAGCGGCUCCACCACUAAAAGCAUGUUCACCGUGUGAGCCCCAUGGAGCCACAUGGAGCCUGCCACACACCCCACGGUGGGGGCCUUGGGGCGGAGCGCCGGAAUGGACUCGGCCACGGAUCCAGUCACGUUAGGGGGGCGAGGUGGCUGCGGUGGGGGGGACGCGGGGGGGGGGUGGAGAGGAUCUGUGGGAUGUCACGGCUUGGGCUCACGAGUACCCUGCGCUUUGGGAGACGGGGAAUGGGCGGAGUUGGGGACGGGUAUGGGUGGGUGGCCAUUGGUGGGUAGAGGGAAGAAGUCACUCUGCCUGGCGACGGGAUAUUAGGGGGAGACGGCUGGAUGUCCCCCGAAGCGUUUUAGCAUUAUUUGGACGAGGGUUUUUGUUUUUCCCUGCGUGGAGGAGAUUGCCGUGAGGCAAGACGGUGCAAGCAGCAUCGGAGGGGGCAGGGGAAGAGGGGGACAGGUUAGUCGCAUGACCUUGCGGGGGUCGUGAGACGUGUGGCUCUGCCCCCCCAACCCCCACCAUCCCACACCCCCACGACUUCUGUUAAUUUUACGGUAAUUUUUAUUUAAUAGAUUUCUUUAACAAUCGCAGAUAGUGGUUUUGAAUUGGCAGCAGGUGUGAAGCGAGUCCGACGUGAUUUUGUCGGAAUGGCUGCUGCUGCGUGGGCCCCAAGGGGCCGCGGAUCUCUCCGGGUUUGGUUUUUAGUGUCACCGGGAGGCACCGUCGCUAGUUUAGACCAAGCUGAGGUGGCGCACCAGGACCGGUGCCACGCGUGCCGAUGGGUGCCAUGCGUGGAAACGUCACCCACCCACCUUGCAUUAUUCGCAUGAAAAAACUAAAAUAGAUAAAAAAAACUAAAUGAGGGUGCGAGACCUCUGGAGUGCGCGUGAUAUACCGAGAGGUUUGUCCACACACACAUGGGGCCUGUCCACCCAGCGGUCGGGAAUGAGGGCUGGUGUGUGAUGUAAUCAGUGUGGUUGAGUGUAGGCCGGUGUGGUCGGUGCGAUUGCUGUGGCCAAAAACGGAAUGGUGUGGUUAGCGUGUCCUGUUGAUUCUAGUGCAUUGGUUUUAUGUGGCUGGUUGGGAGUGGCUGCUGCCUGUUGUGUUUGCUGUGGUCAUAUUUCCCAGUUGGCCAGGCUGGUGGUGGCAGCGGCGGCGGUGGUGGUGGUGGUGGUGCCGGCGAUCCGUCAUGUGACUGUUGUGGCCGCGACCCACCACCCACCCUCUUGGCGGCCCACACUAAGCCACCGCCAGCCUGGCCCAGGCCGGCCACCGCGUGCCCCGCCAGGGUGCAGCCACGUCUGGGGCAGUGCCACCGCCGCUGCCACGUGUAUGUGCCGUGCACAAAUUUACGGUGGGGGGGUGAGGGAUGCCUCGCCAGCGUCGACGCACGGUCAGGAGUGUUCAAAAUCUCCGCGUUACGGAUCUCGCCGUAGCCCGAUCAAAUGCACCUUACCGAGACUCUCUUAACUGCAGCAACGGUGCGGAGUGUUAGGACGGGGUGGGGGGGGGGGGACCGGGCUUGCGAAGGGUCAUAUUUAUAUUCCAGAAAAAAAAGAGCAUCACCUGUCCCUUCUCAGCCUGUCUUCCCCUUUAGGGUGAGCAGUGGUGGCCUUUAACUGGGCAGGAGUCGCGUAUCCCUAGCAGGGAGACGCCUCUGCCGGGGCUAGUGUUGGGGGGGUCCGCAGCCUCUCAUUGUUGUGACCCCUGACCAAGGGUUGGGUAUCGGUGCGAGAGUGGUGCCAUCGCGGUUGGGACAGCGGCAGCGCUGGGCCCGGUUGACGUCUCACAGUCGCAUUGACUGCAUCAUGCGAGCGAGUGAAUAGCAAAACUAGAAACGCGCUUAUAUUUUACCGGAGACGAAUUAAACACAAAACUAUAUUGAA